AUGAGUUCAGGAAGCAAAGUAUGGAUGGUGGCUGGAACUGUUGGAUUGGUGGAGGCGCUCAAAGAUCAAGGCUUUGCAAGGUGGAAUACCACCAUCAGGUCCAUCCACCACCACGCCAAGGCCAAUCUCCGAUCAAUCUCCCACACCAAGAACCUGUCGGAGCCGGCAGCCAUGGCUUCAAGCAGAGCCAUGGAAGAGAAAGCGAAGCAAUCAGAGGAGUCACUCAGAAAAGUCAUGUACUUGAGCUGUUGGGGUCCGAACUGA